GUGCAGAGGAAAGAAGGAGGCGUGGAAAAAUUGAGUGGCUUUUCUCCACAGAGUUGUGUGUUCUGUCCCAGGCUGGAGUGAGUGGCACUGCUCCUCUGGAGAGCACACAGUCAGCUCAACGGACGAGUGUCUCACAGUUUGCGAGCUAAUCAGCAUCAUCUCUGCCUGACCCAUCCAGAACAGUUCACUGAGGAGAAAUACCAGGAAGAUAAUGACCUAAGAGUUGUCUUUUUGCAGUUUUUUGAAAUUUCAUAGAAAGACUGCGGAAUACAGCGCUCUGAAUUCUGUAUUCCAGAGCUGUCUAUUCCGAAGCUUUUGUGGACAAUGGGGAAGAGCCGGUUAUUACUGUAUGCCCUCUUGGGUGUAAUGGUUUUUGGCCUAUUCCCAAAACUUGAAGCUCAGGAGGCCUCCGCGCCAGCCGACCUUGUACUCUUAAUUGACGGAUCAGAGAGCGUUGGAGCUGCCAACUUCCCCCUCUUCAGUGAUUUGGCUGUCCAAGUGAUUGAGGGGCUUGCCGUGGGCAGGGACGCAAUCCGUGUAGCCCUUGUGCUUUAUGGUGCCGACCCUGAGAUUCAGUUCUAUCUCAAUAGCUAUGACAACAAAGAGAGUGUCCUCAGUGCUAUCCGGGGGCUUAAGUACCCUGGUGGUUAUGACGCAAAUCUGGGGUCCGCUUUGGAGGAGGUGGCAGACAGUCUAUUGAGCCAAGAAGCAGGAGGCAGGGCAGAGGAAGGGGUUCCCCAGGUGCUGGUGGUGAUCAGUGCUGGGGAGUCCACUGAUGAUGUCAGUCAGGGCGAGAGGGCCCUAAAGCAGGCCAGUGUGUACACCUUUGGCAUUGCUGUGGGUGAUUCUGCUACUGCCCAACUGGAAGCUAUUGCUACAGACAAAAGCUUUGUUCUGUCUGCUCCUGAUGUCAGAACAGUGGCAAGCAUGGGUGACCAGAUACUACCAUACAUUAAUGGGGUCGCCCAGCGCACCAUUCUGAUUGAAACACAAUUCACAGAAGCUUUGGCUGUUGGGAAGAGAGAUAUAAUUUUCCUCAUUGACAGUAGCAUGGGUACCAUCGUAAUCAAUGCAGUGCGAGAAUUCAUCAAAAGAUUUAUUGACACCAUGCCGAUUGGACCUGAUCAGGUGCAGGUCGGAGUGGCCAUGUUUUCCACCACCCCAAAGAUGGAGAUCAACCUCAACUCAUUCAAUUCAAAGGAAUCACUAAUCUCUGCCCUCGCAAGAAUAAAACCUAAACCUUCAGCUGAUGUCAACAUUGGUUCUGCCUUGGAUUUUGUGAGGACCAGCAUGCUCACAGCUGAGAGUGGGAGCCGCUUUCAAGAUCAAGUGCCACAGCUUGUGCUGCUCCUUACUAGUAAAAAAUCCAAAGACAGUGUCCAACAACCAGCUGAUGCCCUUCGUCAAACAGGUGUUCUGACUUUGGCUGCAGGCUCCAAGGCUGCCGAUGAGGCUGAGCUCAAGCAAAUAGCUUUUGAUGACAGUUUGGUUUUCAUGCUGAAGGACUUUAGGGCAUUGCUGCGCAACCCCAGAGAAAUUAUCUCCCCUCUCACUACAUUGUCUGGUAUUGUUGUAACAGAGGGUCCAACUGAACCAGUUGUGGAUGUUACUACAGUCCAUACCCAAAGAGUUGUCCGAGACAUUGUCUUUAUGGUGGAUGGAUCUAGCUAUGUUGGAAAUAAUGUGCAACCUGUGCUGAACUUCAUUACCGAAGUGGUGAACAGACUAGACGUUCGACCUGAGCGAGUGCGCAUCGGACUAAUGCAGUUUGCUGAAAGGCAGCAUACAGAGUUUUUUCUGAACACGUACAACACCAAACAGGAUGUGCUCUCUGCCAUCGCUCGGCUGGGACUGAUCGGAGGACGUGCACUGAACACUGGUGCAGCCCUACAAUUUGCCCUAGCCAACCACUUCCAGCCCGCAGCUGGGUCUCGUAGGAAAGAGGGGACUCAGCAGGUACUGGUUUUAAUAACUGGAGGACCAUCUCAAGAUGAGGUCAAGAGGGUCGCAGACCGUGUAGCUUUAGCGGGUGUCUUGACUUUUGCUGUUGGAGCUGGCCAAGUGGAAGAUCGUUUCCUGAAAACUGUUGCUUUUGUGGAAGAUUUGGCAUACUACAGAAGAAAUUUUGCUGACUUGUCAAGUGUUGUUGAUGAAAUUAUGACACCACUAAUCACGGUUGUUGGGGAGACUAACACAACAAUAGAUUUUCCAACACCAGGUCCGUCUGGUGGAGAAAGGGAUGUUGCAUUCUUGAUUGAUGGCUCUGAUGAUGUAAGAGGUGACUUUCCCUAUAUCCGUGACUUCAUUUCCAAAGUAAUUGAGCCUCUGGAUAUAGCUUCUAAUAAAGUACGAGUUUCUGUGGUCCAGCAUAGUGAGAGACCAAGUCCUAGCUUCUUCUUGAACACUUACCAAACCAAAGAUGAGGUGUUGAGAGCUGUAAGAGGACUCGCUCUGGCAGGUGGCAGAAGUUUAAAUACUGGAGCUGCCUUGACUUUCAUGAAAAACACCAUCUUGUCACCAGCAAAUGGUGGUCGAGCCAGUAAAAAUGUUCCCCAAUUUUUGAUCGUUUUGACUGGGGGGAGAUCAAGAGACAGCGUCAAAGAACCUGCAGUUGCCCUGAAGACUGAGGGAGUUGUUCCUUUUGGUGUUGGAGUGAAAAAUGCGGACCCUAAACAGAUUGAGGCCAUCUCUCACAAUCCAUCAUUUGCUUUCAAUGUGAAGGAAUUCAGCCAGCUCAGCACUGUUCAGGAAAGGCUCAAGAACUAUGUGAACCUUCCAGAUCAAGAACUGAAGGAGUUUCUCACCAUAGGAAUUAACAAACGGGAUAUAGUUUUUCUCCUUGAUGGCUCUGAUGACUCCAAAAAUGGACUUCUUGUCAUCCGUGAGUUUAUUCGGAGAAUGGCAGAGGAUCUUGACAUUGACCAGGACAUUGUUCGAGUUGCUGUAAUACAGUACAGCGAAGAUGCUUUGACUCAUUUCCUACUUAAUACUUACACUAGUAAGAAAGCUGUAAUCUAUGCCAUUAAUGGCCUUAGAGCAAAAGGUGGGAGAAACCUAAAUACUGGGGCAGCACUGCAGUAUGUCAGGGACCAUGUUUUCACUGCUGCUUCUGGAAGUAGACAUCAGCUAGGAGUACCUCAGCUGUUGAUUGUUAUGACUGGUGGAGGGUCCAGUGAUGAUGUGGCAGGUCCUGCUGAAGAUCUCAAAAACACUGGAGUUCUGUCCAUUGCCAUUGGAAUAAAAAAUGCUGUAGAGGCGGAGCUCCAAUGCAUAGCAUUUUCACCUAGAUUUCUUUUUAAUCUUUCAGCCUUUGGUGAACUUUUACAUAUACAGCCUGAUAUCCUCUCCUUUAUCAAAUCCAAAAUGGGAAUAGAACCCCCUACUAUCAUUGUUGAAUUGGAUGCAGCUCAAAGAGACAUUGUCUUUAUUCUGGAUGGGUCUGAUGACACCAGGGAUGCAUUUAAACAAAUGUGUCAGUUUGUUCAAAGAGUGGUGGACAAACUCAAUAUCGGGCCAAACAGAGACAGAGUGUCUGUAGUUCAAUACAGCAGAGAGCCACAGGUCCAUUUUUACCUCAACACACAUGCCACAAAGCAAGACGUUCUCAAUUCAAUUGAGAGUCUGCAACACCAGGGAGGAAGUCCGCUCAACACAGGAAGAGCCCUUGACUAUACCAAAAAGAACAUGUUCAUUGCCUCUUCUGGGAGCAGAAUCCUAGAGGGGGUUCCUCAGGUGCUGGUUCUUGUGACUGGAGGAAGGUCUCAGGAUGAUGUUAGAGCUCCAGCUGCUGCUCUGAAAAAGGAUCAAAUUGUAACAUUCGGUAUUGGCAAUCAAAAUGCAGAUGUUAUUCAACUCCAGGCAAUUUCAUAUACUCCUGGUCAUACCCUUACUGUCUCUCAGUUUGAUGACCUUCAAACCAUUGAACAGAAUCUUCUAUCAUAUGUAAAAAGAGUUCCUCGUCAGCCCAGGAGGCUUCCACCAACUACAACAGAUGCUGGAAACAGAGAUGUUGUGUUUUUAAUUGAUGGCUCUGAUGAAACAAAGGGAAUUUUCUCAGGAAUGCAAAACUUUGUUCAGACCCUGGUUCAGAAACUGAAUGUGGCAUCAAAUAAAGAUCGUGUUUCAGUGGUCCAGUACAGUGAUGAUGCAGCUUUUGAUUUUCUUUUGAAUACAUAUUCAUCAUCAGAUGAUGUUAUAAGUAAUGUGAAACGUUUAAUUCAUAAAAGAGGAAGGCUGCGUAACACUGGGGCAGCCCUACAAUAUCUUAAGGACAACGUGUUUACUGCUGCUGCAGGGAGUCGACUUUUGGAGGGUGUGCCACAGGUUCUAAUUCUGUUAAACUCUGGAAGGUCUAAGGAUGACAUACGUGGUGCAGUCAAAGCUUUGAAAGACAUUGGUGUCAUUUCAUUUAGUAUUGGUACCACGAAUGCUGAUACGCUUGAGUUACAAACAAUAUCCCAUCAGCCCAACUACUUUUUCAUUUCUGAUUUUGAGAGCAUUCUUGAUGUUCAAGAGAAUAUUUUAGCAUUAAUAAACAGGGUAUCUUACCAACAGCUACCAACAGUGACACCUCAGGUCUCUGAAUUUGUCAAAAGGGAUGUUGCAUUUCUUAUUGAUGGAUCUGAUGAUUCUAAAAUUGGUUUUGAGGCAAUUCGCAAUUUUAUCCAAAGGGUAGUUGAGAGUCUAAAUGUGGAGGAAGAUCUUGACAGGGUGGCGGUUGUUCAGUACAGUCGGGAUCCCACAGCUAAUUUUUAUCUCAGCUCAUACUCGACCAAAAAAGAGGUACUUAAUUCUAUACGUUCUAUGAGGCACAAAAGUGGAAGGCCACAGAAUACUGGAGCGGCUCUGCAGUUUAUUAAAGAAAAUAUAUUUACACAGUCCUCUGGGAGCAGACGUCUUGAGGGUGUACCUCAGAUUCUGUACUUAUUUAGUGGUGGUAGGUCUGGUGAUGAUGUCAGAACCAUUUCACAGAAUUUAAGAAAAAACAACAUAAAAGUCAUUACAAUUGGCACAAGUAAUUCUGAUACACUUGAGUUACAGACAAUGUCUACAACACCAGCAUAUGCUUUCUCUGUUCCUGACUUCACCUCCAUCAACACCAUUGUCCAAAGAGUUGCCUCUGUUUUGACAAGUGGUGAUGAAAUUCCUGAGCAAUUUCCAACUCCUGGGGGCCACACUGCGGAUACAGUAAGAAAUAUUGUGUUUCUUAUUGAUGGAUCAGAUGAUGCUAGUGACAGAUUCACAGCUAUACGAGAAUUUGUGGCCAGUUUGGCAGAGACAUUUGAUGUUGGUCAAGAAAAAGACCAAAUUGCUGUUGUGCAGUUCAGUAAUACUGCAGCAAUAAGCUUUAAUCUCAGUACAUACUCAUCCACGUCUGAGGUGGCAGAUGCUGUGCGCAACCUCAAACCAAAAGGGGGAAGGCCACAAUAUAUUGGCCAGGCUCUACAAUUUGUUAGAGACAAUGUUUUUACCCCCAGUGUUAGAAGUCAGCAAAUAGGCCGUGUUAGCCAAAAUCUUGUGCUUGUGGCUGGUGGCAGAUCAAGAGAUUCUCCUCGUGGACCAGCUAACGCACUAAAGAGUAUGGGAGUAGACAUUUUUGCCAUUGGGUCAAGGCUGACAGAUCCAAUUGAAAUGGAAGCCAUUUCUUCACAGACAGAUUAUGCCAUUGCUGUUCCUGAUUUUCAUGAUUUAAAAAAUGUACAUCAAAGCCUCCUGGCAAAACUUAUGAGUGAAAGACAAAAAGGAGACAGAGAAGUUGAUGGCACAGGAUUAAAAAGGGAUAUUGCUUUUCUUGUGGAUGGAUCAGACAGUACAAGAAGAGGAUUUCCAGAAAUACGUGAUUUUCUAUACAAUAUUAUCACAAAUCUUAAUGUGGGAAUUAAUAAUGACAGAAUCUCAAUAAUUCAAUACAGCAAUGUGGCUGUAGCAAAUUUUUAUUUGAAUUCAUUCUCAAGAAAGGAAGAUGUAUUGAAUGCAGUAAAAGUGCUUAGCCAUAAAGGUGGGAGGCCGUUAAACACAGGUUCUGCCCUUCUAUAUGUAAAAGAAAAUAUCUUUAUAAGUGCCUCGGGAAGCAGACACAAAGAAGGCAUCCCUCAAAUAUUAAUUUUGCUGACUAGAGGAAAAUCAAGGGACAGCAUUUCUGAAGCAGCCUCUGCUCUUAAAAAAAGUGGCAUAUUAAUAUAUGGAAUAGGAGGAAAGUACUCAGACUCUGAUGAAUUACAUACAGUUUCUAAUGACAAUAAAGUGCUUUCAUUGGCUGACUUCAAUGAAUUACCAAAAAUCCAGACACAGCUACUAGAAGCAAUAAAAACCAUUCCAAGUUACAGCAAAAAGGAAUUCAUAGCUGAAAGUGAUAGACAGAGGAGAGAUGUUGUCUUCCUAAUGGAUGGAUCAGAUGGAAAUAGAAAUGGGUUCCCUGCAAUGAAAGAGUUUGUGCAAAGAAUGGUGGAGAAACUGGACAUAGCUGAGAACAGAGAUCAUGUUUCUGUUGUCCAGUACAGCAAAGACACAAAGGUCCAUUUCUAUCUUAACACGUACAUGACAAAGAAAGACAUUCUUGAAAGUGUCAGAGGUCUGAGGCACAAAGGAGGAAGACCCCUCUACAUGGGGGCAAGUCUCCAGUAUGUGAGAGACAAUGUCUUUACUGCCUCCUCUGGCAGCAGGUGGCUGGAGGGUGUGCCACAGAUACUGAUCCUGCUUAGCGGGGGAAAGUCAUUUGACAGUGUCGAUGCAGCAGCCUCUGCUCUGAAAGAGCUUGGCGUCUUGACCUUUGGAAUAGGAUCAAGGGGCUCUGACAGCAGAGAAAUGCAGAGAAUUUCAUAUGACCCCAAUUAUGCUCUCACUGUCUCCGACUUCAGUGAGCUUCCAAAUGUCCAAGAGCAGCUGCUGGCCUCUCUCCAGGCUGUUGCAAUUCCCAUCACUCCAACUUUACCAACUGUUACCGCUGAUUACACCACACCCAGAAAGGACGUAGUGUUUCUGCUGGAUGGUUCAGAUGGCACUAGAAAUACUUUCCCAGCGAUGCGUGACUUUGUGCAAAGAUUAGUGGAGCAAUUCAACAUAGAGGCAAACAGAGACCGUGUUUCUGUGGUGCAGUACGGUAGAGACGCAGAGGUCAAUUUCUAUCUGAAUAGCUACACAACAAAGGGGGACAUCUUGACCUCUGUCAGAGGUCUGAGGCAUAGAGGAGGGAGACCCCUCAACACGGGGGCAGCUCUCCAGUACGUGAGGGACAAUGUCUUCACCGCCUCGGCGGGGAGUAGAAGGCAAGAGGGUGUCCCUCAGAUUCUCAUCCUCCUCAGUGGAGGACGGUCAAGCGAUAACGUAGACGUACCGGCCUCCGCCCUGAAAGAGCGGAUCUCGAUUUUUGGCAUCGGCACCAGAAAUUCGAGCAGAGAGGUGCAGAGAAUUGCCAACGAUCCUACCUAUGCACAGUCCAUCAAUGAAUUCUCUGACCUUCCCAGUGUCCAGCAGCAGUUUAUCAGCUCCCUCAACAACGUGCUUGGAGAAGUCAAGCCGAUGACACCUACUGGGCCGGCCACAGCUGAGCGAAGGAGGGAUGUAGUGUUCCUGCUGGAUGGCUCAGAUGGCACUAGGAGCUCUUUCCCUGCGAUGCGUGACUUUGUUGAAAGGAUGGUGGAGAGACUAAAUGUAUCUGAGAACAGAGACCGUGUGUCUGUGGUCCAGUACAGCAGAGAUCCAGAGGCCCAUUUCUAUCUUAACACAUACUCAAGAAAGGAGGACGUGCUCGACGAGGUCAGGGGGCUGAGGACAAAGGGGGGGAGACCCCUCAACACAGGGGCAGCUCUGCAGUACGUGAGGGACAAUGUCUUCACUGCCUCCUCUGGAAGCAGACGUGUAGAAGGUGUGCCUCAGUUACUGAUUCUGCUGAGUGGUGGAAGGUCGUUUGAUAAUGUUGACACACCGGCCUCAUCCCUGAAAGAGCUGGGAGUGCUUAUCUUUGGAAUAGGGUCAAGGAGCUCAGACAGCAGGGAACUCCAGAAGAUCUCCCAUGAGCCUAGUUAUGCACUCUCAGUGAGUGACUUUGCUGACCUUCCCAGUGUCCAACAGCAGAUUUUCAGCAACGUUGACAAAGUCUUUGUAGAGGGCACGUCUAUCACUACCACAACGAUAGCUGAGGGCCGUAGGCAGAGGAGAGAUGUUGUCUUCCUGCUGGAUGGAUCGGAUGCCACUAGGAAUGGGUUCCCAGCAAUGAAAGAGUUUGUGCAAAGAAUGGUGGAGAGAUUGGACAUAGCUGAGGACAGAGAUCGCGUUUCUGUGGUCCAGUACAGCAGAGAUGCAGAGGUCAAUUUCUAUCUGAACACGUACACGACAAAGGAAGACAUUCUCGACGGUGUCAGAGGUCUGAGGCACAAGGGAGGCAGGCCCCUCUACACGGGGGCAGGUCUCCAGUACGUCAGAGACAAUGUCUUUUCUGCCUCCUCUGGCAGCAGGCGGCUGGAGGGUGUGCCACAGAUACUGGUUUUGCUUAGCGGGGGAAGGUCAUCUGACAAUGUUGAUGCGGCAGCCUCCUCUCUGAAAGAGCUUGGCGUCUUGACCUUUGGAAUAGGAUCCAGGGGCUCUGAUAGCAGAGAAUUGCAGAGAAUUUCAUACGAUCCCAGUUAUGCUGUGACCGUGUCCGACUUCAGUGAGCUUCCAAAUGUCCAAGAGAAGCUGCUGGCCUCUCUCCAGGCUGUUGCAAUUCCCGUCACUCCAACUUCACCAACUGCCACCGCUGAAUACACCACUCCCAGAAAGGACGUAGUGUUUCUUCUGGAUGGCUCAGAUGGCACUAGGAAUUCUUUCCCAGCUAUGCGUGACUUUGUGCAAAGAGUAGUGGAGCAAUUCGACAUAGAGGCCAACAAAGACCGUGUCUCUGUGGUGCAGUACAGUAGAGACGCAGAGGUCCAUUUCUAUCUGAAUAGCUACACGACAAAGGAAGAAAUUCUUGACCGUGUCAGAGGCCUGAAACACAAAGGAGGCAGACCCCUCAACACGGGGGCAGCUCUCCAGUACGUCAGAGACAAUGUCUUUACUGCCUCCUCCGGCAGCAGACGGCUGGAGGCGGUGCCGCAGAUACUGAUCCUUCUUAGCGGGGGAAGGUCAUUUGACGAUGUUGAUGCGGCAGCCUCCUCUCUGAAAGAGCUUGGCGUCUUGACCUUUGGAAUAGGAUCCAGGGGCUCUGAUAGCAGAGAAUUGCAGAGAAUUUCAUACGAUCCCAAUUAUGCUGUUACCGUGUCCGACUUCAGUGAGCUUCCAAAUGUCCAAGAGAAGCUGCUGGCCACUGUCCAGACUGUCGCAAUGCCCGUCACUCCAACUUCCCCGACUCCGACCGCUGAUGAUGGCGUACCCAGAAAGGACGUAGUGUUUCUGCUGGAUGGUUCAGAUGGCACUAGAAAUACUUUCCCAGCGAUGCGUGACUUUGUGCAAAGAUUAGUGGAGCAAUUCAACAUAGAGGCAAACAGAGACCGUGUUUCUGUGGUGCAGUACGGUAGAGACGCAGAGGUCAAUUUCUAUCUGAAUAGCUACACAACAAAGGGGGACAUCUUGACCUCUGUCAGAGGUCUGAGGCAUAGAGGAGGCAGACCCCUCAACACGGGGGCAGCUCUCCAGUACGUGAGGGACAAUGUCUUCACCGCCUCGGCGGGGAGUAGAAGGCAAGAGGGUGUCCCUCAGAUUCUCAUCCUCCUCAGUGGAGGACGGUCAAGCGAUAACGUAGACGUACCGGCCUCCGCCCUGAAAGAGAGCGGGAUCUCGAUUUUUGGCAUCGGCACCAGAAAUUCGAGCAGAGAGGUGCAGAGAAUUGCCAACGAUCCUACCUAUGCACAGUCCAUCAAUGAAUUCUCUGACCUUCCCAGUGUCCAGCAGCAGUUUAUCAGCUCCCUCAACAACGUGCUUGGAGAAGUCAAGCCGAUGACACCUACUGGGCCGGCCACAGCUGAGCGAAGGAGGGAUGUAGUGUUCCUGCUGGAUGGCUCAGAUGGCACUAGGAGCUCUUUCCCUGCGAUGCGCGACUUUGUUGAAAGGAUGGUGGAGAGACUAAAUGUAUCUGAGAACAGAGACCGUGUGUCUGUGGUCCAGUACAGCAGAGAUCCAGAGGCCCAUUUCUAUCUUAACACAUACUCAAGAAAGGAGGACGUGCUCGACGAGGUCAGGGGGCUGAGGCACAAAGGGGGGAGACCCCUCAACACAGGGGCAGCUCUGCAGUACGUGAGGGACAAUGUCUUCACUGCCUCCUCUGGAAGCAGACGUGUAGAAGGUGUGCCUCAGUUACUGAUUCUGCUGAGUGGUGGAAGGUCGUUUGAUAAUGUUGACACACCGGCCUCAUCCCUGAAAGAGCUGGGAGUGCUUAUCUUUGGAAUAGGGUCAAGGAGCUCAGACAGCAGGGAACUCCAGAAGAUCUCCCAUGAGCCUAGUUAUGCACUCUCAGUGAGUGACUUUGCUGACCUUCCCAGUGUCCAACAGCAGAUUUUCAGCAACGUUGACAAAGUCUUUGUAGAGGGCACGUCUAUCACUACCACAACGAUAGCUGAGGGCCGUAGGCAGAGGAGAGAUGUUGUCUUCCUGCUGGAUGGAUCGGAUGCCACUAGGAAUGGGUUCCCAGCAAUGAAAGAGUUUGUGCAAAGAAUGGUGGAGAGAUUGGACAUAGCUGAGGACAGAGAUCGCGUUUCUGUGGUCCAGUACAGCAGAGAUGCAGAGGUCAAUUUCUAUCUGAACACGUACACGACAAAGGAAGACAUUCUCGACGGUGUCAGAGGUCUGAGGCACAAGGGAGGCAGGCCCCUCUACACGGGGGCAGGUCUCCAGUACGUCAGAGACAAUGUCUUUUCUGCCUCCUCUGGCAGCAGGCGGCUGGAGGGUGUGCCACAGAUACUGGUUUUGCUUAGCGGGGGAAGGUCAUCUGACAAUGUUGAUGCGGCAGCCUCCUCUCUGAAAGGGCUUGGCGUCUUGACCUUUGGAAUAGGAUCCAGGGGCUCUGAUAGCAGAGAAUUGCAGAGAAUUUCAUACGAUCCCAGUUAUGCUGUGACCGUGUCCGACUUCAGUGAGCUUCCAAAUGUCCAAGAGAAGCUGCUGGCCUCUCUCCAGGCUGUUGCAAUUCCCGUCACUCCAACUUCACCAACUGCCACCGCUGAAUACACCACUCCCAGAAAGGACGUAGUGUUUCUUCUGGAUGGCUCAGAUGGCACUAGGAAUUCUUUCCCAGCUAUGCGUGACUUUGUGCAAAGAGUAGUGGAGCAAUUCGACAUAGAGGCCAACAAAGACCGUGUCUCUGUGGUGCAGUACAGUAGAGACGCAGAGGUCCAUUUCUAUCUGAAUAGCUACACGACAAAGGAAGAAAUUCUUGACCGUGUCAGAGGCCUGAAACACAAAGGAGGCAGACCCCUCAACACGGGGGCAGCUCUCCAGUACGUCAGAGACAAUGUCUUUACUGCCUCCUCCGGCAGCAGACGGCUGGAGGCGGUGCCGCAGAUACUGAUCCUUCUUAGCGGGGGAAGGUCAUUUGACGAUGUUGAUGCGGCAGCCUCCUCUCUGAAAGAGCUUGGCGUCUUGACCUUUGGAAUAGGAUCCAGGGGCUCUGAUAGCAGAGAAUUGCAGAGAAUUUCAUACGAUCCCAAUUAUGCUGUUACCGUGUCCGACUUCAGUGAGCUUCCAAAUGUCCAAGAGAAGCUGCUGGCCACUGUCCAGACUGUCGCAAUGCCCGUCACUCCAACUUCCCCGACUCCGACCGCUGAUGAUGGCGUACCCAGAAAGGACGUAGUGUUUCUGCUGGAUGGUUCAGAUGGCACUAGAAAUACUUUCCCAGCGAUGCGUGACUUUGUGCAAAGAUUAGUGGAGCAAUUCAACAUAGAGGCAAACAGAGACCGUGUUUCUGUGGUGCAGUACGGUAGAGACGCAGAGGUCAAUUUCUAUCUGAAUAGCUACACAACAAAGGGGGACAUCUUGACCUCUGUCAGAGGUCUGAGGCAUAGAGGAGGCAGACCCCUCAACACGGGGGCAGCUCUCCAGUACGUGAGGGACAAUGUCUUCACCGCCUCGGCGGGGAGUAGAAGGCAAGAGGGUGUCCCUCAGAUUCUCAUCCUCCUCAGUGGAGGACGGUCAAGCGAUAACGUAGACGUACCGGCCUCCGCCCUGAAAGAGAGCGGGAUCUCGAUUUUUGGCAUCGGCACCAGAAAUUCGAGCAGAGAGGUGCAGAGAAUUGCCAACGAUCCUACCUAUGCACAGUCCAUCAAUGAAUUCUCUGACCUUCCCAGUGUCCAGCAGCAGUUUAUCAGCUCCCUCAACAACGUGCUUGGAGAAGUCAAGCCGAUGACACCUACUGGGCCGGCCACAGCUGAGCGAAGGAGGGAUGUAGUGUUCCUGCUGGAUGGCUCAGAUGGCACUAGGAGCUCUUUCCCUGCGAUGCGCGACUUUGUUGAAAGGAUGGUGGAGAGACUAAAUGUAUCUGAGAACAGAGACCGUGUGUCUGUGGUCCAGUACAGCAGAGAUCCAGAGGCCCAUUUCUAUCUUAACACAUACUCAAGAAAGGAGGACGUGCUCGACGAGGUCAGGGGGCUGAGGCACAAAGGGGGGAGACCCCUCAACACAGGGGCAGCUCUGCAGUACGUGAGGGACAAUGUCUUCACUGCCUCCUCUGGAAGCAGACGUGUAGAAGGUGUGCCUCAGUUACUGAUUCUGCUGAGUGGUGGAAGGUCGUUUGAUAAUGUUGACACACCGGCCUCAUCCCUGAAAGAGCUGGGAGUGCUUAUCUUUGGAAUAGGGUCAAGGAGCUCAGACAGCAGGGAACUCCAGAAGAUCUCCCAUGAGCCUAGUUAUGCACUCUCAGUGAGUGACUUUGCUGACCUUCCCAGUGUCCAACAGCAGAUUUUCAGCAACGUUGACAAAGUCUUUGUAGAGGGCACGUCUAUCACUACCACAACGAUAGCUGAGGGCCGUAGGCAGAGGAGAGAUGUUGUCUUCCUGCUGGAUGGAUCGGAUGCCACUAGGAAUGGGUUCCCAGCAAUGAAAGAGUUUGUGCAAAGAAUGGUGGAGAGAUUGGACAUAGCUGAGGACAGAGAUCGCGUUUCUGUGGUCCAGUACAGCAGAGAUGCAGAGGUCAAUUUCUAUCUGAACACGUACACGACAAAGGAAGACAUUCUCGACGGUGUCAGAGGUCUGAGGCACAAGGGAGGCAGGCCCCUCUACACGGGGGCAGGUCUCCAGUACGUCAGAGACAAUGUCUUUUCUGCCUCCUCUGGCAGCAGGCGGCUGGAGGGUGUGCCACAGAUACUGGUUUUGCUUAGCGGGGGAAGGUCAUCUGACAAUGUUGAUGCGGCAGCCUCCUCUCUGAAAGGGCUUGGCGUCUUGACCUUUGGAAUAGGAUCCAGGGGCUCUGAUAGCAGAGAAUUGCAGAGAAUUUCAUACGAUCCCAGUUAUGCUGUGACCGUGUCCGACUUCAGUGAGCUUCCAAAUGUCCAAGAGAAGCUGCUGGCCUCUCUCCAGGCUGUUGCAAUUCCCGUCACUCCAACUUCACCAACUGCCACCGCUGAAUACACCACUCCCAGAAAGGACGUAGUGUUUCUUCUGGAUGGCUCAGAUGGCACUAGGAAUUCUUUCCCAGCUAUGCGUGACUUUGUGCAAAGAGUAGUGGAGCAAUUCGACAUAGAGGCCAACAAAGACCGUGUCUCUGUGGUGCAGUACAGUAGAGACGCAGAGGUCCAUUUCUAUCUGAAUAGCUACACGACAAAGGAAGAAAUUCUUGACCGUGUCAGAGGCCUGAAACACAAAGGAGGCAGACCCCUCAACACGGGGGCAGCUCUCCAGUACGUCAGAGACAAUGUCUUUACUGCCUCCUCCGGCAGCAGACGGCUGGAGGCGGUGCCGCAGAUACUGAUCCUUCUUAGCGGGGGAAGGUCAUUUGACGAUGUUGAUGCGGCAGCCUCCUCUCUGAAAGAGCUUGGCGUCUUGACCUUUGGAAUAGGAUCCAGGGGCUCUGAUAGCAGAGAAUUGCAGAGAAUUUCAUACGAUCCCAAUUAUGCUGUUACCGUGUCCGACUUCAGUGAGCUUCCAAAUGUCCAAGAGAAGCUGCUGGCCACUGUCCAGACUGUCGCAAUGCCCGUCACUCCAACUUCCCCGACUCCGACCGCUGAUGAUGGCGUACCCAGAAAGGACGUAGUGUUUCUGCUGGAUGGUUCAGAUGGCACUAGAAAUACUUUCCCAGCGAUGCGUGACUUUGUGCAAAGAUUAGUGGAGCAAUUCAACAUAGAGGCAAACAGAGACCGUGUUUCUGUGGUGCAGUACGGUAGAGACGCAGAGGUCAAUUUCUAUCUGAAUAGCUACACAACAAAGGGGGACAUCUUGACCUCUGUCAGAGGUCUGAGGCAUAGAGGAGGCAGACCCCUCAACACGGGGGCAGCUCUCCAGUACGUGAGGGACAAUGUCUUCACCGCCUCGGCGGGGAGUAGAAGGCAAGAGGGUGUCCCUCAGAUUCUCAUCCUCCUCAGUGGAGGACGGUCAAGCGAUAACGUAGACGUACCGGCCUCCGCCCUGAAAGAGAGCGGGAUCUCGAUUUUUGGCAUCGGCACCAGAAAUUCGAGCAGAGAGGUGCAGAGAAUUGCCAACGAUCCUACCUAUGCACAGUCCAUCAAUGAAUUCUCUGACCUUCCCAGUGUCCAGCAGCAGUUUAUCAGCUCCCUCAACAACGUGCUUGGAGAAGUCAAGCCGAUGACACCUACUGGGCCGGUAGAGUCCAUAGGACCCAAGAAGGACAUCGUCUUUGUGAUUGAUGGCUCUGAAGGGGUUGGCAGAGAGUUCCCAAUUAUCCAGGAGUUUGUGCGCAGAGUUGUGGAGAACCUCAACGUUGGUGAGAACAAGAUCCGAGUAGGCGUGGUGCAAUAUGGAGAUUUACCACAUGCAGACAUAUACCUCAACUCACAUAAGACCAAAGAAGGUGUCCUAAAUGGCAUUAAGGAACUCCGACAACGAGGGGGGAGACAGCGUAACCUUGGUCGAGCCAUUAACUUUGUUAGUCGUGACGUUCUGACUUCUGGACAUGGUGGAAGGAAACAGGAGGGUGUUCCACAAUUUGUCGUUGUGGUCUCAGGAGGAAAAGCAACAGACAGUAUAAGACAAUCUGCAACAGAACUGAAACAGUCAGGAGUAGUCCCCCUUAGCAUAGGAACAAGAGACGUGGACACUCAAGAACUGCAAGUGACAGCCUAUGUCCCCAGAUUUGCCUACACAGUUGAUGACUUGCCUGGUCUAUACACAAUUCAGGACACACUCAUCAACACUCUGACAGAGCUAUCCAGUGAGGAGUUAGCCAAAUUGCGCCCUGAAUACCCUAUAGACACAAGGCCUGUCAUUCCAGUACCUCGUGGAGAUAAAAGGGAUGUUGUUUUCCUUAUUGAUGGCACAACAAAAAUGCGGACUGAGUUCCCUGCCAUAAGAGACAUGGUUCAGCGAGUGGUGGACAAGUUAGAUGUGGGUCUCGACAAUGUGAGGGUCUCAGUUGUGCAGUACAGUGAUGAUCCCAAACUGGAGUUUCUUCUCAAUGAGCACUCCACCAAGGAAGAAGUUCGACAGGCAGUACGAAGAAUGAGAAGCAAAGGUGGCAAUCGACUUAACACUGGCCAAGCUCUGGAAUACGUUUCAAAGAACAUCUAUCAAAGAUCAGCCGGAAGCCGCGUAGAAGAUGGUGUGCCACAGUUUCUCAUCUUGGUGACCGGAGGAAAGUCAAAUGAUGAUGUGUCUGGCCCUGCUACCCAACUGAAGUUAAGCCGCGUUGCUCCGUUAGCAGUUGGAGCUCAUAAUGCUGAUGAAGAGGAGCUAAAAUUAAUUUCCUUUAGUCCAGAGCUAACAUACACCAUUAAAGACUUCCAGCAACUUUCAGCAGUGGAGCAAGAGCUUUUAACUAAAGUCAGUACCAUGACCAGAGAUGAAAUUUCAGCCCCGCCUAAGGUUACAGACCUACUCAAUCUUGGAAAAAAGGACAUCAUCUUCCUCAUUGAUGGCUCUGACAGUGUUGGACAAAGCGGUGUUGCUCACAUUCGUGACUUCAUCUUAAAAGUGGUUGAUCAACUGGAUGUACGACCCGACCAAGUUCGUGUGGCUCUGGUACAGUAUGGUGAAAGGCCUAAAACUGAAUUCUCUUUGAAUUCCCACGACAACAAGCAAUCUGUCAUCUCUGCAAUUAAGAGACUGCGUCAUAUGGGGGGACGUGGUGCUGACCUAGCUGAGGCAAUAAAGUAUGUCAUUCGAAAUGAACUCCAAGCAUCUGCUGGGGUACGUCCAGCACAAGCUUCCCAGCAUUUAGUUGUGCUAACUGGUGGAAGAUCAACCUCCGACGUAUCUACUUAUGGACCACUUCUCAAAGGCUCUCGCGUCAAUUGUAUAGGAAUUGGUGCAGAUAAUGCAGAUGCAGGACAGCUGGCACAGAUUACUACCACUGCUGAUGACGUCCUAAAGGUGGCUACUUUCCCGAGUCUUCCAACCAUACAGAGCAAGUUUAUAUCCAGACUUAAUGGAACGAUUAUAGUGGAGGCUCCCACUGAAGAGCCAGCUUCUGGGCUCCCCCAGGCCAAAACUGCUGACAUUGUGUUUUUGGUUGAUGGCUCAAUGAAUCUUGGCAGGGACAAUUUUAAAGAGGUCAUGGAAUUCAUUCUCAAUUUAAUCGACCUGUUCUUCACUGAGAGAGACAAUCUUCGGAUUGGUCUAGCACAUUAUGCUACAGAUGUGACCGAUGUAUUCUACCUCAAUACUUACAAUAAUAAAGAUGACAUCAUUGAUGCUAUCACUCGAGCUGAGUACAAGGGAGGUCGGGAAAUUAAAACAGGCAAUGCCAUUCGCUAUGUUCAAAAAACACACUUUGUAAAAGAAAGAGGUAGUCGAAAGGAUGAGGGAAUUCCACAAAUCCUGAUGGUAGUCACUGGUGGACGGUCAAGGGAUGAUAGCAAAUCAGCGGCACUAGCUCUUAAAGCCAGUGGUGUGCGCAUCUAUGCUGUUGGGGUGGGUGACAUUGAGGACGAGCUCAAUAAUUUGGGCAGUGAAACUACUACAGUGGCCCGAGCCAGAACCUUCCAAGAGCUUUCUGAACUGAAUGAACAGAUUUUGGAAACACUGGAUGAUGAGGUGAAAGGAAUAGGACUGUGCACUGGAGUAAAGGAUGCUACAAGAGAAUGCAAGUUGGAUGUUCUUGUGGGGUUUGAUGUGGCUUCACAGGGCAUCUUUGCUGCUCAGAAGUCAUUAGAGUUGAAGAUGACUGCUAUUCUCAAACGCAUUACCCAGAUGCAGUCCAUCAGCUGCACUUCUGGCCAGGUUCCCUCAGUACAAGUGGGCAUGCUAGCAAUGGACUCUGCCUCUGAACCUGUUCAGCUGGACUUCACCAACAAAUAUACAGAGCUACUUGAGCCCUUCAAGGCCCUACGAAACCGUGGACCUUUUCUUCUAAAUGCUGCCACAAUGAAAGCUUAUGCUGAUAGAUUGAAGAGUCAGCCUUCAGAUAGUGUCAAGGUUGUGAUCCACUUAACUGACGGAUUAGAUGCUCCGUAUAACAUCCUGAAAGAGCGAGUUGAAUUACUGCGUUCAGCUGGUGUCAGUAGUUUAAUUCUUGUUGCCCUGGAAAGAGUGCCACGAUUUGAGGAUGCAGUUCUCUUGGAAUAUGGCCGUGGCUUUAGGUACACACGACCUCUGCGUGUCAACCUCAUGGACUUAGAUUAUGAACUUCUGGAAGAACUGGAUAACAUUGCUGAGCGGGAAUGCUGUUCCGUUCCAUGCAAGUGUAAUGGCCAGAGAGGGGACAGAGGAGCUGUUGGUGUUUCUGGACUGAAGGGUCAACCUGGUGGUCAAGGCUACAGUGGACAUCCUGGUGAUGAAGGUGGUCCGGGAGAGAGAGGUCCACCUGGUGUAAAUGGAACUCAAGGGUUCCAAGGAUGUCCGGGUCAAAGAGGUGUUAAAGGAUCUCGAGGAUACAAUGGUGAAAAGGGUGAAAUUGGAGAGAUUGGUUUAGAUGGAAUCAAUGGAGAGGAGGGAACAAGUGGUGUUGCUGGUCCUCCAGGAGAUAGAGGAAACCCUGGCCAAAGGGGGCCUAAAGGGGCUAAAGGCCAGAAAGGAGAUGUUGGUCAGACUGGAAUCCGUGGUGAUCCAGGCAUCCCAGGAAGUGACAACAACAGGAGGGGACCAAAAGGAGAUCCAGGCGAUGCUGGCCCACCGGGAGAGCCAGGGGUGGACGGAAAUAAGGGAGGUCCUGGUGAAUCAGGCAGACGGGGCUCUGAUGGUAGAAGGGGACCUCCUGGUCAAGCUGGUGCUGCUGGAAGGCCAGGAAGUGAUGGUUUACCAGGAGAGACAGGAAUUGGAGGAUCUCGGGGUCCCGCUGGACCAAUUGGAGCACCUGGUGUAAGAGGAGAGGAUGGAAACCCUGGUCCAAGGGGUCCAGGAGGAUUGCCAGGAUCUGCUGGAGAAAAGGGUAGAAGAGGUGCUGUUGGACGGAAGGGUGAACCAGGGGAGCCGGGACCCAAAGGUGUUGUUGGACCCCUGGGACCCCGUGGGGAGCCUGGCGAGGAUGGACGAGAUGGCUUUGGUAUACCUGGUCCCAAAGGAAGAAAGGGUGAUGAAGGUUUCCCUGGUUUCCCUGGUCCAAAGGGUGAGGCAGGUGACCCUGGUUCAAAUGGAGGACCUGGACCUAGAGGAAACAAUGGCCAGAGGGGUACCUCUGGGGAACCUGGUGGACCUGGACAAAAGGGAGAUACUGGAUACCCAGGACCCUAUGGCCUAAAAGGACCCAGAGGAACUGGUGCGGCGCAAUGUAAUCUGGUCAAGAAAAUUAGGGAUAACUGUCCCUGCUGCUAUGGUGCUCAGGAAUGUCCCCUGUACCCUACUGAGUUGGCCUUUGCCCUGGAUGCAUCAGAUGGUGUAUCACGCUCUGCUUUCAACAACAUGCGGGACACUGUUCUCCGCCUGGUUGGUGACAUCACUAUUGCUGAGAGCAACUGUCCUCGAGGUGCCCGUGUUGCUCUAGCACUCUACAACAAUGAGGUGACCACUGAGAUCCGCUUUGCAGACACCCAGAAGAAGCGAGCACUUAUUGAGCGAGUUCAAGGGCUUCAGACUCAGCAGACCCGUAAACAGCGCAGCUUGGAGACAGCCAUGAACUUUGUCGCACAGAAUACGUUCAAAAGAGUCCGCAGUGGCUUCCUUGUGCGCAAGGUUGCUGUUUUCUUUGUCAACGGCCCGAAUACAGUCACACAAGAAUUCAGUGCUGCUGCUCUGAGGCUCUACGAUGCAGGAAUUUCCUCUGUAUUCCUCCUUAACCGUGAAGAUCGCCAACUCACAAGAGCCUUGCAGCUUAACAACACUGCCUUAGCCCAGGUUAUUGUCCUGCCCUCACCCGGAAGUGCUGAAUACAACAAUGUCAUCAAGAAGAUCAUGACCUGCCAUAUCUGCCUGGACUUCUGUGCUCCGGAUCAGAUGUGUGAUUAUAUCCCACCACGUGGAGUCCGAGACCGAAGGGAUCCCACCACUGACUUAGACAUUGACAUGGCUUUCGUUGUUGACAGUUCGGAGAGCACAUGGCCUUCCGUCUUCACAGAGACAAAGCAAUAUGUGGCUCAAAUGAUAGAACAGCUAGAGAUGUCCCCUGACCCAGCCAUCAGUACCCAUCAUGCUCGAGUAGCACUUGUUCAGCAUGCACCUUAUGAAUACUUGCACAAUGGCAGUGGACUUCCCAUCAGCAUCACCUUUGGUUUGACAGAUCACAAGUCAGCAAACAGUGUCCGAAGCUUCCUACAGAAUAAGAUGCACCAGCUGGAAGGAGGACGGGCCCUUGCAGAUGCUCUUGAAGGCACUGUUGAACAUGUGUUUGAGAAGGCGCCACAUCCCCGCCAUUUGAAGGUAUUGGUUCUGUUGGUGACUGGACCAGUUGAACUGCAUGAGGAGAGGAUAAUAAGGGCUGCCACUGAAGUUAAAUGCAAAGGAUACUUCAUAGUGGUGAUGGCGGUUGGAAAGCUGUUCAGCGCAGGUGAUGUCCGUGUCCUGAGCCAAGUGGCAAGCGAGCCUUCAGAUGUAUUCUUUAAGAGGGUGGAUAGACCUUCAGGCUUCUAUGAUGACCAUAUUCAGACAUUUGCCAGACUGCUGCCCAAGUACCUUGGCCUUGAAAAUGCUUUCUACAUGUCACCUGAAGUCUCUAAGAAGUGUCAGUGGUAUCAGAGUGACCAGCCUCGCAAAUUCCCAUUCAAUUUGCCAAAAACAGAAGAGAAACACGAGAAGCAUCAUGGACAUCAGCAGGUUCAUGACAGGAAACACAAAGAAACAGGUAUGGAGAAAAUGCAACUGGUUAAUGUCACCUCCAGCGGAUUCUCCCUGCAGUGGUUGAGUGGUGAUUCAAAGGCCACCCAUGAGGUUACUGUGACUCGCCUGAGGGAUCAUAGGUUGGUGCUAAGGAAAAAUGUGACCGGCAGCCAUCUCUCCAUUUCUGAGCUGGAGGCAGCCGAAACCUAUCACGUAGUGGUCAACACUCACAGUGUCGGCGGUCAUGUUGCCAGCACAUACAAAGGCAUUGUUCCCACAAAAUCAGCACGUAUGAAGGUCCUUACUGUAAAUGACGUGAUGGGGAUUGCACCCACUGCACCCUUGAGUAAACCAGAAACAAAACCACAAGAACAAAAAAUUCUUAAUGAAAGUGAAAUGAUGGAGAUGAUUUCCACUGAACCCUUGAGCAAACCAGAAAUCAAAUCAGCAGAACAGAAGGUUCUUACUCCAAGUGAAGUAAUGGGGAUUGCGGCAGAGCAGAAGGUUCCGAGUGAAGCGAUGCGGAUUGGGUCCCCUGCACACUUAAGUAAAUCAGAAAUUACAGUUCUUACACCAAGUGAAGUAAUUGCACCCCCUGCACCCCCUGCAUCCUUCAGUAAAUCAGAAAUUAAAACAGUAGAACUGAAGGUUCCGAGUGAAGCAAUGGGGAUUGUUUCCACUGCACCCUUAAGUAAACCAGAAAUAAUUAACAAUCUUAUGGACCCAUGUUCACUUGACUUUGACACUGGACUGCCAUGCAAAGAUUACCAAGCUAAGUGGUACUUUGACAGAAAGAACGGAUUCUGUACACAGUUCUGGUAUGGAGGUUGUGGAGGAAAUGACAAUAGGUUUGAGACUGAGGCUGAUUGCCUCAAACGCUGCAUGAAGAAAGCAAUUGAAGAUCACGUCAAAUCUGUUCACCCCCCCAGCACCAGCUCCAGCCGCCCUGCGCUCCAGUGUGGAUAUCUGCAAGCUACCAAAAGAUGAGGGCUCCUGUGCUAAAUUUGUGCUUAAAUGGCAUUAUGACCCGCUUAGUGGAAACUGUGCCCGCUUCUGGUACGGAGGAUGUGGAGGGAACCAGAAUCGCUUUGAAACACAAGAUGAGUGUGAGAAGACUUGUGGAAAAGCAGUACCUGUUAAACAAGGGAUCAUCGCUGCGGUUAAAACAUAGGAACUAAUGAAGACUGUAAGCUAACCGCUGACAACACUCAGAGGAUAUAGCACCUAAAACAAGAAGCACAGCCACAGCCAAGAUGCCUGCACUGGACCUUGCCAGAGGAUUGAUCCAAAGAAAACCUUGAAGUAGUAUUUUCCACAUAAGAAAAAAAGCAGAACAAGUUUCUUUGUGUCGUGCUGGUGCUACAUUCACUUUCUUUUUUUAAAAUUGUUUUAUUUUUCAUAUGUCUGUGGGUUUGAAAAAAUCCCAUUGUAAAUGUCCAGGGCAAAUUUUUUUUUAAAUGUUAUGCUGUUUUAAUCAUGUGGUUUGCUUGUGGAAAUAUCUUGAUCACAACAUAUCAAUAAAUCUUUGUAGUUAGGAGACAAGUUCAUGACAGUUUAGUUUUAUUUUAGUCAAUUUUACUAAAUUACUGCAGCCCCCUUAUCACGUAUCAACUGAUAAAGAAUUUUAAUCGCUCUUUCUGGUCAUAGCGCUGGAGAUCUCCACUGACUCUAAAAUCUCCAAACGAAUGUUUCCUGUUUGAUAAAUUGACCAUCAUCUGAAACAAGUCAUUUCUUUAAAUAAAUAGGCAUUUUUGGAACCAUUGCCUUACACACAAGUUUUGGUUUCAAAAAGCAAUUGGAAUGUAUUUUUUAAACUGUAUUUUUUGGGGGGGUGGUGUGUUUUUUGUUAACUUUGUAUUUCACUUGGAAAUGGGCAGAUACAAAUAAAUUAGUCUUUAUAUAAAACUUUGA